GAAACUGAAACCUGAUGUGCUUGCAAAAUCUAUAUGGUUCAUCUCACAGAAAACGGGGUGCACUACUGUACUUUAGCGGAAGACGUGAAUUGAGAGGUGGUGAUAGUCCAACAAGCAGCAGGGAUGGCGGCGCGCAACGUGGUUCGUUUCCUCAAGUCGGCCAAGGUGUCCUUCUCCAGCUUCGACCGACGGGCAACUGGUGCCUGUGAAUUCUACAGACAGCUGACAGCGGAGAAGACACGCAAGGUGAACCCUAAGGCGGAAAUCGUCUACCAGACGUCGCUGACGGGCUCGGCGCCCACGAUCAAGCUGGACUUUAUCAACGGCAGCAAGCACUUGAUGGAGGUACCCGACAAGAACGUGCGCGAGAUCUUCGAGGAGGUGGAUUUCCACUGCUCUCAGAUCGAGACCGAGUACGAGAAGCAGGGCAAGACCAUCGAAUAGACAGUCAGCAGACAGAAGCACGUGCAACGGUAGGCAGGCUCAUGCUCCUCGAGUUUCAUUCAAGCAGCAGACAAUACAUACAAGGAGCAGAUGAGUUUGCGACCGUUGAAGCAUUUGUUGCGUUGGCUUGCAUGUUUGAUUGAGCAUUAAAUAGCUUAGUGCGAUUAUUGCGGAUCCACAAGUGCGAUUUCUGCCUGCACUUCCUCGUCAAAAUUGGGUUGUGAGCUGUACAAAUUCAGAGUCUUGGCGCGCUCCAACGAAAACUUCAGCAGAUGCUCUCUACACGUGCGGCUUGAGCCUGAGCAAACACACAUCAUACACAGUGUUCACAU